CGUUUCCCGACGAGGGACGAUCCGGAUUCGUACGGGAACCGGACUUCCCAAGGACAGCAACGUACACAUUUCCUUCCCGCCCUUUUCACCUAUUUGAAAUCUGAAGAACCCAAAACAUGACUUCCACACCCUCAAUUCUGAACUUUUUCACCCCUCCAAAGCCCCAAAAAAUGACUACCACCCCCCAAAAUUCAAACCUCUCUCUCCUCUGCCUCUGCACCCACCUUCAAGAAGCCAAGCAAAUCCACUCCCUCAUGAUCAAAUCCUCCCAAAUCUCUGACCCCUACUCAGCAAGCCGACUCACCGAGUUCUACGCCAUCUCCGACCAUGGUUCCCUUGGAUGUGCCCAGAAAAUCCUCGACUCCGUAGAACAAUCCUACCCAUUCAUAUGGAACAUUGUCAUAAGGGGCCACCUCAAGAAACAUGACCCCAUCAAAGCCAUCCAUCUCUACCAUCAGAUGAUAAGCCGGUCCGUCGAGCCCGAUCACUACACCUUCACAUCCCUUCUCAAGGCGUGCACCCAACUGCCCGCGCCUCUGAUCGGAAAACAGCUCCACUCUCAGAUCAUCAAGCACGGGCUCGAAUCCAGCAUCUUCAUCCGCAACAAGCUCAUCCAUCACUACGCCAUCUCUGGUGCACUUGCAAAUGCUCGCAAGAUAUUCGAUGAAAGUACUGAAUUGGACAUUGUCACUUGGAACAGCAUGUUAGAAGGGUAUGCUAAUGACAGAGAUGGCAAGUCUCUACACCAACUCUUCGAUCAAAUGCCGUAUCGGGAUAUAGUGUCUUGGAACACGAUGAUUGCAUACUAUGUGCAGGUGGGCCAAUUCGAGGAAGCGGUUAUGAUGUUUCGAACAAUGCAAGAGAGUGGAGAACAGCCAGAUCCAGUGUCUUUGGUUAGUGUUAUAUCUGCAGUGGCCCACUUGGGUGGUCUUGGACAAGGAAUGUGGGUCCAUGCUUAUAUUGAAAAGCAUCAAAUUGAGAUCAAUGAGAACCUCAGUUCAGCACUCGUUAGCAUGUACUCAAAAUGUGGGUGCAUGGAUGGUGCCAUUCAAGCAUUCCAGAAUAGCAACCGCAAGAACAUUGAUACUUGGAAUGCAAUGAUCUGUGGCCUAGCUGCAAAUGGGCAUAGUAUAAAAGCUCUCAUUUUUUUCUCAGAGAUGAAGAAUUCUGGUGUGCAGCCCAAUGCAAUCACCUUCUCUUGUGUCUUGAAUGCUUGCAGUCAUGGCGGGAUGGUCGAUGAUGGCAUCAAGUAUUUUAGGAAAAUGACGGAUGUUUAUGGGAUUGAACCUGACAUUGCGCAUUAUGGAUGUAUGGUUGAUCUAUUCAGCCGGGCAGGUCUGUUUGAUAAGGCAGAGGAGAUUAUGAGAAAGAUACCAAUGGACCCAGAUGCUGUUAUGUGGAAGGCUUUGUUGGGUGCUUGUAGAAUCCAUAGGAAUUUCGAGUUGGGUGAGCGUGCAGGCAUUCGGCUGAUUGAAUUGGCCCCAGUUGAUCAUGCAGGGUAUGUUCUGUUAUCAAACUUAUAUGCGAUGGCAGAUAAUUGGGAUGGGGUUUAUAAGGUGAGGAAGAUGAUGUUUGAAAGAGGGAUAAGGAAGUUACCUGGAUGCAGUUCAAUCGAAGUGGAGGGCGUCGUUCAUGAAUUUGUAGUCGGAGAUGCAACCCAUUUUCGGAAGAAGGAGAUUUAUGAAAUGCUUGGUGAAAUGGGUGAAAGAUUGAAGGUUGAUGGGUAUGAGCCUUAUACUGAACAGGUAUUGCUUGAUAUUGAUGAGGAAGAAGUGAAGCAGACUUCAUUGAGUCAUCAUAGCGAGAAGCUGGCAAUUGCCUUUGGAUUCAUCAGCACAAGCCCUGGUACGACAAUACGUGUGGUGAAGAACCUACGUGUAUGCAGCGACUGUCAUUCAGCAAUCAAGCUUCUAUCGAAGAUCUAUGACCGGGGCAUCAUUGUCAGGGAUUCAAAUAGGUUCCACCAUUUUAAAGAUGGGUCCUGUUCUUGCGGGGAUUAUUGGUGAUGUUUUUGAAAUUUUUUUGUUAGGAGUGCUUUUCCAAUGAAUCUGAGGCUCACUAGUGUACAAUAUCAGGUGGACCCACCAUGCAAAUGCACUGGAACAAAAGUCAGGGUAGUCCAUUCAUAGAGUGGGUCCAUCACAGUGCCUGUAAUUCGGCAGAUGAGAUGAAAAAAAAAAAAGGAAAAUAGAAAUACAGAUCUUCUUUA